ACUCUUCAGUUCUCUCUCCUCUUCCUGCAUUCAACCAAUUUCUCUUGGAUCGCAAAAUUCUAGCGUUUGUUUGCUGCAUUUUGCGAUAUAUCAACUAUGGACGACGUUCUCGAAAGCUGGGAACAAAUAGAGGAAUCUGGUACACUCGAUAAAAGACUGGAAGCUCUUCAACUGAAUGCAGUACAAGAAGAAAUAGAAUCCUCUAGAACUACUCCUAAUUCAAACACAAAAAUAAUUAUACUGGGAGAAGAUGGCCUGAGAUCUCAAUAUGUACCACCACAACCUACUGUAAAAAUAUUAAAAAGGCCAACUGGAGACUCUCGAGGAAGUGGCGAUGGACCACUGAAUGAUGAUAAACCAAAGCAACCAAUUAAAUCUCUCAAGCAGAGAGAACAAGAAUAUGCGGAAGCAAGAAAGAGAAUCUUAGGAGAAGAAAAAAGUCCAGAAGAAAAAAUGACACAAGAAAUUAAUAGAAUUCAACCAAAAUCAAGUACACCGAAUUGUGGAAACUUACCUAGCAAUGUAGUUCGAUCGCCUACCGGUCCGGACGGCACCCGAGGUUUCAACGUACGUAGGUAGCGCGUCUUUCAGAGAUCAACUUUUUCCACCUAUAUUUUUUUCCUUCUUUUUUGCUACAAAGAAGGAAAACGGCUAUGAGGCCGAAAGCACAGAACAGCUUUGCGCUCUCGAAUGAAAUGAGCGGAACAUCCUUCAAGUCGUGCCCAGCGCAUUGUUAUUCUGCAAGGGCUUAUAGAUUUAAGAAACAUAGACUUAUCAAAAUGAAAAACAAAACGUCUUACAACAUUCUAAGACGUAACAUUAAACGGAGGAGAGAGAGAUAGAAGAGUAUUUGCUUGAUUAUAAAUACUGUUUGGUGCUUACGUGCGGUGAUACGCACAUGUGAACCAAAGUUAUGUGCAUAUAUAUCUGUAAACCAGAGAGAGAGAGAGAGAGUUAAAGUUUAAGAUGAACGAGACAACACCGAAUUCACCUGUAUAUAAAAAACGGAAUUCGUUUCACACACAUGCAUAUUCACAUACUUCUAUACCAUUGCCAUCUCUAUAAAGUGUAAUAAAAAGAAUAUCCUGUAUAUAUAUGUAUACAACUCAAAUGUAUGUAAUGUGUUGUAUUUUGUUAUUAAAAAAACAAA